CAUUUUACCGUUCACAACCCGACGACGACAACGCCGCUCUUGACCAUCGCAGAGGCUCAAGCACGACAAAAUGGCGAACAACAGACUCCAAUACCGCCGCCGGAACCCGUACAACACGCGGUCCAACAAGGUUCGCAUCAUCAAGACCCCCGGUGGUGAGCUCCGGUACCUUCACCUGAAGAAGAAGGGUACUGCUCCCAAGUGCGGUGACUGUGGCAUCAAGCUCCCUGGUGUUCCCGCCCUCCGCCCCCGCGAGUAUGCUCAGGUCUCCCGCCCCAAGAAGAACGUCAGCCGCGCCUACGGUGGCUCGCGCUGCGCUGGCUGCGUCAAGGACCGCAUCGUCCGUGCUUUCCUGAUUGAGGAGCAGAAGAUCGUUAAGAAGGUCCUCAAGGAGUCCCAGGAGAAGGCUGGCAAGCGCUAA